AUGGUGCUGCUGCAGAGUGAUGGGGAUUGGGUGGCUGGGGACCGGGACCAGAAACAGGACCAGGACCCAGACCCGGACCCAGACCUGGUGGUGGCUGCUUCAGCCCUGUGGCCUCGUCGCUGCUUCACCUGGGAGGAGAUCGCGCAGCGCUCAGGUCGGGGUCCCCCACCCCAGGACCGGUGGUUGGUGAUCGACAGGAAGGUGUACGACAUCAGCCACUUCUACAGGAGGCACCCCGGGGGUGCCCGGCUCCUCGGCAGCCACGCUGGGCAGGAUGUCACGGAUGCAUUUGUAGCAUUCCAUGUUGACAAGCUGCUGGUGAACAAGUACUUGAAGUCACUGCUGAUCGGGGAGCUGGCACCAGAUCAACCCAGUAUUGAGCCCACUAAAAAUAAAAUGCUCGUAAAAGACUUCCGUGAAUUGCGUGCCAGUGUUGAGAAAAUGGGACUUCUGAAGCCAAAUAAACUCUUCUUCUUCUUGCACCUUGCUCACAUCCUCCUGUUGGAUAGUGCUGCUUGGCUCGUUCUCUUCUGCUUUGGAACAUCCUUAAUGCCCUUUAUUGUCUCUCUGGUGAUGCUGACCAUUUCUCAGGUCCAGGCUUCAUGGCUACAACAUGAUUUAGGACAUCUCUCAGUCUUCAGGAAGACAAAGUGGAACCACUUGCUGCAUAAGUUUGUCAUGUGCCACUUGAUUGGAGCAUCAGCCAAAUGGUGGACUCUCCUGCAUUCCCGACACCAUGCCAAACCCAACUGCUUCCAGAAAGAUCCUGAUAUUGAUAUGCACCCGUUCUUGUUUACUUUGGGGAAGAAAUUCUCUGUGGAGCUUGGAAUCAAAAAGAAAAAAUACAUGCCAUACAAUCACCAGCACAAAUACUUUUUCAUUACUCUUCCUCCGCUCCUGUUUCCCACCUACUUCCACUGCCACACAUUUUAUAUUGCAUACACAAAGAGGUACUGGGUGGACUUGGCCUGGAUGCUGACCUUCUAUAUCAGAUUCUUUUUUACCUAUGGAUCGUUAUUAGAAAUAAAGAGUCUCCUGGCAUAUUACUUUAUUUUCAGGAUGCUGGAGAGCAGCUGGUUUGUCUGGGUUUCACAGAUGAACCAUAUCCCAAUGGAUAUUUACUACGACAAGAAUUUGGACUGGGUGUCUACCCAGCUCCAGGCAACAUGUAAUGUUGAGCAGUCCCUGUUCAAUGACUGGUUUACUGGGCAUCUGAACUUUCAAAUUGAACAUCACCUAUUCCCCACAAUGCCAAGACACAACUACUGGAAGGUGGCUCCUCUUGUGAAGUCCUUGUGUGCCAAGCAUGGCAUCGAGUACCAAUGUAAGCCGUUGCUCACCGCCUUUGCAGACAUUGUGCACUCUUUGAAGAAUUCAGGAGAGCUGUGGCUUGAUGCCUACCUACACAAAUAGGAAGACAAAGUUUGAUGGUGCCACAUACAGCCUACUAUGUCUUUGCAUCCCCAGUAAGCUGAGGAGCAG